AGCGAGCAGGAAGUGGUUGCCCAGCGGCCGGAUGUUCUGGGAGAAGACAGGCCCAACAAAGGAAAACCAGUGAGUAGCCUGGGUUUGAAUCUUCUCAUAUCACGAAAUUACAAACAUCACCUGUUGUYCGUUGUAGGGUGAAGGAGUUUGGAUUGCAUGUGAGGACAGGUGUCAGCUGAGCCAGCCAUGGCAAACAGUGCAGAGGAUGUUGAAAACAACAUGGUCGGUAUGAAAGACCGACAAAAGUCCAGUCCAGCCCCAGAACCCAUCCAGCAACAACAGGAGUCUACCGGGACCAGAAUGCGGUCCAGGGGAGGCUCAGGGCCUGGAGGAGGAGAUGGUGGAGGUGGUGGAGGGGGCACUGGGAGCAGCCCAGAGCAGAACGGGCAGCCCCCCACCCCUCGUCCUCCUCUAGUGCUGGAGAACGAGGAGGAYGAGGACGAGGAGAUGACCCUUAAAUAUGGAGCUAAGCACGUCAUCAUGCUCUUUGUUCCUGUGACGCUCUGCAUGGUGGUGGUUGUGGCCACCAUCAAGUCUGUCAGUUUCUACACCCAGAAGGAUGGACAGAGACUGAUCUACACACCAUUCCCUGAAGAAACGGACACAGUUGCUCAGAGAGCCGUCAACUCUAUCCUGAACGCCACCAUCAUGAUUACUGUCAUCAUUGUUAUGACUCUGGUGCUUGUGCUUUUAUACAAGUAUCGCUGCUACAAGGUGAUCCAAGGCUGGCUCUUCCUCUCCUCCCUUCUCUUGCUUUUUUUCUUUUCCUACAUCUACCUCAAAGAGGUUUUCAAAACCUAUAAUAUGGCCAUGGACUACUUCACCCUGGCAGUAAUAAUUUGGAACUUUGGAGUGGUAGGAAUGAUGUGUAUCCACUGGAAGGGCCCUCUGCGGCUUCAACAGGCCUACCUCAUCAUGAUCAGUGCCCUGAUGGCUCUUGUUUUCAUCAAGUACCUCCCAGAGUGGACCGCCUGGCUAAUAUUAGCAGUCAUAUCUGUCUAUGAUCUGUUGGCCGUGCUCUGUCCUAAAGGGCCUCUGAGGAUCCUGGUUGAGACGGCCCAGGAGAGAAAUGAACCCAUCUUUCCAGCUCUGAUCUACUCUUCUACGAUGGUGUGGCUUGUGAACAUGGCCGACACUGACAGGCCAAAGAGCAACUCAGCAGAAGCAGGUUCAGCCCAACCGGACUCACAAGAAGCAGCCAUGGCAUCUCCAGAACCUUCCAGUCCAUCACAGGAUAAUGGUGGCUUCUCGUCCUCCUGGGUCAGACAGCAGCAGCACCAGCUGGGCCCRCUUCAGUCCACUGAAGAGACCAGACGAGAGGUCCAACAAAUGCCCUCUGCCCGUCCCCCUGUGGAAGACGAUGAUGAAGAGAGGGGUGUGAAGCUGGGCCUCGGAGACUUCAUCUUCUACAGCAUGCUGGUGGGCAAGGCCUCGGCCACAGUGGGAGGGGACUGGAACACCACGCUGGCCUGCUUCGUGGCCAUCCUCAUCGGCUUAUGUCUCACCCUCCUCCUCCUCGCCAUCUUCAAAAAGGCUCUGCCCGCUCUGCCCAUCUCCAUUUUCUUUGGCCUGGUCUUUUACUUCGCCACAGGUUAUUUGGUCCGGCCCUUUAUGGACGAGCUGGCGCUGCACCAGUUCUACAUUUAGCAGGACCUUCCCUGACUAACAACAUGAAAACAUUCAGAUGUAAAGGUCCUGUGGUGGUCCCUGCUGGCCCCACAUCCACACCUCCCCUCUGCCGGGACACGAGCUGCUUUGUUUCUGGCACAAAGAGAACAGCUGUUCUGAAACAUUUUUAUUUGACUUUGAAACUAAGAAGUGACAUUUGUCACUCAGAGGAACGUUUGUUGGACUGCAGCGGACUCAGACACAAUCCAGACUGAGUGACAACGAUUCAACACAAAUGUUGUAACAGGUUGUGUGUUGUUUGCUUCAUCAUCAUCCUGCUUCACAUCCACACACGUUCUAACCAGCUGAGGCUUUAUGUUAGGGUUGGCACAUAUUUCAACCAUCUGUCAGCUUUUUUUUAAAGAACAGCUUCAACUUUAGUUUAWACAUUCUGUUUGAAAAUAUUUGAUUUGUAAAUAAAUGUACAAUUCAAACUGAACCCUUAAAAUGUAAAACAGUU